AUGGAGCCCACAACUGCCACUGAUAUUGAAUUCUCCUUCGAGGCUGACGACUCCUUCAUGGAAGUUACUGAGCAUCAGCUCACCGAUGAAGCUGAACUUGAUUUUGGGGUUGAGCUCCCUGAUGAAAUCCUUGACAAGGUGUCCACUGUGACAAUCAUACCGGUGCUAGGCAUGUAUGAUCAAUAG